ACCUUUCGCGCCGCGGUCCGCACCAGGAGCCGCUUGGCAGACUCCGCCCCUUCCUCUCCCGGGCUGUGGCCACGCGCGGCGGUUCCGCUUACUCCUCUGGCCGCCCGGUGGGCCCUCCCCGCCAUUGUAGGAGGCCGCGCCCUGUCCUCCAGUCCUCUCAAGCGACCUGGUCGCCGGCGGCGAGAACCUCGGCUGGGGUCCGAGGAGUCUAAGCGGCCUGCAGGCUGCCGGAGCUCUUUUCACGAGUGUGUUGUCUAGCUAUUAGGUAUCAUGUCUGACAACGGAGAACUCGAAGAUAAGCCACCAGCUCCACCUGUUCGGAUGAGCAGCACUAUUUUCAGUUCAGGAGGGAAAGAUCCAUUAUGUGCGAAUCAUAGCUUGAAACCCCUGCCCUCUGUUCCAGAAGAGAAAAAGCCCAGGAACAAAAUCAUCUCUAUAUUUAGCACUGAAAAAGGGAGCAAGAAAAAGGAAAAAGAAAGGCCUGAAAUUUCUCCCCCAUCAGACUUUGAACAUACAAUUCAUGUUGGGUUUGAUGCUGUUACUGGAGAAUUCACUGGAAUGCCGGAGCAGUGGGCUCGGCUGCUACAGACGUCAAAUAUCACUAAGUUAGAACAGAAGAAGAACCCUCAGGCUGUACUAGAUGUGCUGAAGUUCUAUGAUUCUAAAGACACAGCAAAACAGAAAUAUUUGAGUUUUUCUGCUACAGAAAAGGAUGGAUUCCCCUCAGGAUCACCAGCACCCAAUACAAAAGGGUCAGAGCCUUCUGCAGCACCUGAAGAGGAAGAUGAUGAUGAAGUGGCACCACCAGUUAUUGCCCCACGACCAGAUCAUACAAAAUCGAUUUACACACGGUCAGUAAUAGAUCCCAUCCCAGCACCUUCUGGUGACUCAGGUGACAGUGCUACUAAAUCAGCUGACAAGCAGAAAAAGAAAACUAAGAUGUCAGAUGAAGAGAUCAUGGAAAAGCUACGAACUAUUGUGAGCAUAGGAGAUCCCAAGAAAAAAUAUACCAGAUAUGAAAAAAUAGGACAGGGGGCUUCAGGUACAGUUUUCAUUGCCAUAGAUGUGGCAACAGGACAGGAGGUUGCUAUUAAACAAAUAAAUCUUCAGAAACAACCCAAGAAGGAGUUAAUUAUAAAUGAAAUUCUGGUAAUGAAAGAACUGAAGAACCCAAACAUAGUCAACUUUCUAGACAGUUACCUAGUGGGAGACGAGCUGUUUGUUGUAAUGGAGUAUCUGGCUGGAGGGUCUCUAACAGAUGUAGUUACAGAGACUUGCAUGGAUGAGGCGCAGAUUGCCGCUGUCUGCAGAGAGUGUUUGCAGGCAUUGGAAUUCCUCCAUGCCAAUCAGGUGAUCCACAGAGAUAUUAAAAGUGACAACGUGCUGUUGGGAAUGGAUGGAUCAGUUAAGCUGACUGAUUUCGGUUUCUGUGCACAGAUUACUCCAGAGCAGAGCAAACGUAGUACUAUGGUUGGAACACCAUACUGGAUGGCUCCUGAAGUGGUCACACGGAAGGCCUAUGGCCCUAAAGUGGAUAUCUGGUCUCUGGGUAUCAUGGCUAUUGAAAUGGUUGAAGGCGAGCCCCCAUAUCUCAAUGAAAACCCUUUGAGGGCAUUAUAUUUAAUAGCAACAAAUGGCACCCCAGAGUUGCAGAACCCAGAGAAAUUGUCCCCAAUAUUUCGUGAUUUUCUAAAUAGUUGUUUGGAAAUGGAUGUAGAGAAAAGAGGGUCAGCCAAAGAACUGUUACAGCAUCCUUUCCUGAAACUGGCCAAACCUUUGUCAAGCUUGACGCCGUUGAUCCUAGCAGCCAAAGAAGCAAUGAAGAGUAACCGUUAGCGUUGCUGCUGUGGCCUUCAUGAUUUUUGUUUUUUGUUUUUAAAUUUUUUCAUAAUAUAUAAAUUGUUGCUCUUGUUGGGGAGGUUGACAUUCUGCAGAAGGGAAAGAAAAUCUCUCGCCUGGAAGACACAAGAGAAGAAAAAAAAGGUGGUGGUGUUAGUGAACUCUUCUGGAAGAAGAACUGAAUCACUGGCCUGUUCCCCACUUUUGCAGGCAACUCAAAAAUGUAUUUUACUAUGCCUGGGAGUUGUUGUUUUUUAUGACUUUGCUGUACCAGAUCCCACUCAGUGUGCUCUGUUGGGCACUUUCAAUACUUGAACGACAGAUUCAAGCUUGUAGAGGGAGGCAUUACUUUUUGAUCUGCUGACCUUUUAUACCCUGUUCCCUUCCCUCUGUCAGUCAGUCAUUCAAAAUAUUGUGGUCUCUGAAUUGUUAAAUGACAGAUAUGGUAGAAAUGUGAAAGUUCCUCUUGUUCCCUUAUCUCUAUAAUAUACAAUUUAGCUAUAACUAUAUUGUAGCAUUAACCACCCAGCUACCUAGGAAGGAUAAUUUUUCAGUGGCUGUUCUUAAAAGCAGAAGAACAUGGGCAGAGGGGAAAGAAGAAGGUUCAGCAAAGUUUGAUAUGGAAUUUUUGUGGUAUGGACUUCUUAACAUAAAGGAAAGAUGCCUCUGAAUUUUGGAGAUUGAAUACAUGUGGGGAAAAGGAAGGAAGUGUUGCUUUUCUUUUCUUUGUUAAUGCUUACACCAUCCUCUGGGCUUGGGGAGAGAACCCCAUCCCUAUGAAUUGUCUUCCAUUCCUCCCUUGCCUGUGUAGGCUUGUUGGUAAUAUUUUAAAGGAAUGUCUUGAAAGUGUGUUGUUUUAUAGCAAAGUUCUGUAUCCAUGUUCUGACUUGGGCUUUGGGCUUUAUGCUGGUGCCUUCUGAAUUUUUAAAUUACUCUUCUUUGUCUUAAAUACCUUUUGUAUAUGUUGUACAUUUUCCCUCCAAAAACAACUUUGGAGUUGUCAGAAUUAAGUAUUAGAGCUCUCUUCCUCUUUAUAAAUAAAUAAAUAAAUAUAUCUGCAUCAUUUCUACUAACAAAAGACCCAGCAGAUUUGCAAAAAUAGAAGAUCCAAGAUGUUUUGUAUAACUCAGCCACCUGAAUCUUCCGAAGGCCAAAAGUGCUAUUCUGCGGAGACAAAAAUUGGAGAUAGCAAAAUAGCUGAUUCAAUAUUAUUUGAAUUGGCUUGUGAAUAGCUGGAGAAACUUGCCAUCUCAUGGUGAUCCUUUCUCUUGAAAGACUUACCAACUAUGGCUGAAGACAAACACAAGAUAAAGUGCCUCCUUAAUGAAAAAAAGUAAUUGGAGCCGUAGAGGAACUGAAGGUCUGGUUCAGGUUGCCAAGUACACCACGGAGACUCUUCACUCACAUCAGCCUUAUAAAAUCACUGUGUUUAUGUGCAGCUUCUCUUGAUGGAGAAUUCCUAAGUGAUGUGCCAAACAGUAACAUAAGAGACUCAUUAAUCUGGUGCUAUAGCUUUGUCGCAUUCCUAUAUGGUAGUAUUGGAAGAACAUUUUAAAAUCCUAAGAGGUAAUCUAUCAUGCCUUUUCUGAUGGUCAGGGGAAAACCUCUUUCUUACUUGUAAACAAUAUUAAUAUGUGUUGGUAUAAGAACAUCACUUAUGCUGGGUUUUUAUUAACAGUUUGCAAAAUUUCAGGUUCUGAGCUAUUUCAUCGCAGAGGGCUCCAUUCCUUCAGAUCCUGGAGCUUCUUGCAUUCUGCUGUGUACCAACAAAUGCCUUAAUGCAGCUGAGAGCAGUGCCAUACCCCAGCAUGUAGUCAUAUAUCAUGUGAGAAGUAUUCAUUUGAAAACUGUGUAACAAAGCAGCCCAGUUUAUUUUCAGAGCAUUUUGAAUGUCUUUUGGUUUAGUCCAAGAAGUGUGGUAUCCUGUCUGAGUGGUAUUUUAGGAGGUAGUGGUCUUCCUCUGGCCAUAACUUGCAAUUCAAUUACUAUAAAAGAUAGAAUAGCCAUGCCCUUAAGUUUGAUAUAUGUGAAUCAAACCAAGAAAUUUAAAAAAGCUCUACAGUUAACUUUACUCUUCUUACCAUUGGGUCUUUGUCUGUUGCUGGCAAUGGAAUUUGUGGAACCCAUGACUCCUGUGAGAUAGGUGUAUGUUGGUGUUUUAUGGUAGCAAUUAAAGGUAACAUUUCAGAACAGCAUGUACUGGCUUUUAAUUUCAUUAAAAUUAUUUAAAAUGAGCAGUUGACUGCAUCUUUGUGAGGGUUCUCAAACCCUUCUUUAAAAGUUGCUUACAAUUAGGAUUAGCUCAGUAUUUGUUGAAGCACAACCCAUAGCAUCUCUGGUGCCAUCGUGAUCUUGAGUACUACCACAAUAUGUCCAUUUGGGUGCUCUUAAGUAUAACUUGCAGCUUUGUGCUAUGGCAGUUCGUUUAUCUAAUUUCCUUGUCCCAUGUUGCUAGAAAGGAAUUAGGAAUAGAAGUAGAAGUGAACUGAAAUGGGAACUCUUCACGCAACAGAGAAACCAUCAGGAAGUUUGAGAUAUAAUUGUUUAUUAUGCAGUGAUGCAUGCAGUUUGUAUGGUAUAUGGACUGAAAAUAUAUUACAACUGUCUGAAAAGCUUGGUUUAGAAGUGGAAAAGUGGCAGUCUUCCCCUUGAGGUCUGGUUUGAUCUUCAGGAUUAUGUCUGCUGAGCACAGGAGGGAGAACACUUAGCAGAAAAUCGCAAAGGUUCUUAACUCCUAACUGAUCUUCCUGUUAAAGAUGCCUUAAACCAAUUUUUCAGGCACUAAUGUGACUAAAUAUUGGCUGUAUUUCAUCAAAAUAUGAGCCCUCCGGUAGUUGGGUGAAUCUUUUUUUUGAGUGUUGGGCAUGUUUGCAAUGGCACACCAUGAUUGAACCUGAAAGGAGGAGAGAAGGGUAUCUCAUUCCAUGAAAGCAGGCUUCCCUGGAAUGAUGAGCUCCCAGAUUUUUCCCCUGCCCCACCCCCAAAGUUGAAAUGAACAUGACUACUUACCAUAAAUAAGUUGAGCAUUUGUUGAUUUGAAUGGAGACAUUAACCACUUGAGAAUAUAUCUGAUGAACAUAAGUGGGCACUGUAUAUGUUCUUUAGAGCAGUUUGGAAUAAAGUAACUUUGCUGUUAAAAGUUACAGAAUUUCUUUUGUCUUCAUAGCUGGAAUUAAGUAUAUCUUCUUGAAACGAUUUCUUUCUUUGUUCCCUUUCUCUCACUUUGUCAGAUGGAAAUGGAAGUAGUGCAAGCUUUUAAUUUUUUUUACUGUCUUCAAAUGUUGUUGCCUUUUGUUUAAUUUAAUCCCAUUCUGUUAUUUAAUUGUUACUGCAAUAUUAACUACUGUAUUUGACUAUGUUUAAUGACUUCGUUCUUUCAGGGCUAGAAAUAAACAUUUCUAAAUUG